CGUUGUGGAGCAUUGCGUCCUGCAGCUGCGGCUAGGGUGGAUAGAGGUGUUCUUCCUGGCAGGAACUCAAGGACUGGGUCCAGGGCAUCAAGGACGCAUCAAGGAUAAAAAAUGUCAAUACUCACUUCUCCAAGAGGAAAGGUAGAAGUUGUUUAUUGCCGAAGAACAGAGUCACAGGAUAUUUACUGUAUCCAAAAUCUCAUUAGAAAAUUUACCCAGAAGCUGUUUGGGAGGCUUAAUAUCAUCUAUCUUCUGGAGAAGGCAAACCUUGCCAUUACUCUCUACAAUGACAAGGAGGAAAUCAUGGCCCAGGCUACCUUCCUGGACUAUCCCAACUGGAAUGUGGCCAAGCAGGAUGAUUGGGUGUCUUUGUUCCGGGAGCUCGACAGUGACAUCCCAUGCACACCUCUGAACACAUUGUUCAUGCACCUCUUUGUGGCUGUGGAUGAGUAUUCUGUUGGCUGCUGCAAAGAAAUUAUUCGGACUGUGUUCAAGGCAGUGCCAGAACUGCACUUCAUCUUUCUCAUAGUGCCAUCCUACAUGAGCCUAGGCUCAACUCUUAUAACUGUGUUUGACCAAGUGGGGAACAUUCCAAGUCUGACAUAUGAUGAGGACUUUGCUGUGUAUAUAUGUCACAGGCACAGUCAUUACCCUCAACUGCACAUUCGCAAAGCCAGGGUGGAAGAUCAUGAUGAUCUCAUGCCAAUAUUUAUGCACCAGGACACAAUUCUGAAAGCAACUUAUGGCGAAUACUUUCUGGCUGAACUAAUAGAGGCACAAGACAAAGAGAAUCAUGCUGUCGUAUGUGAGGUGGAAGGUGUAGCUGUUGGGUUCAUGAGUGUGUGCUCACGAGUGAACAUGCAGCUCCUGCAUGAGUGCUUUGACUUGGUGCUCUUCCAUGGAUUCUGCAUCCCACAUCCCGAUGAUGUUUUGGAACUACCACAAGAGCUAAGUGUUCAAGGAAGUCAAGAUGCUGAGCUCAGGAGUGGCAGCCAGGAUUUCCAGAAAAUAGUGGAGGAGCCACAGGAACCUGUCACUCCAGAGGGCAGGGAAAGGAAAAGUAUUCAGGAAAAAAUCACAGAAGAAGCCGCAAUUGAGGAACCUUUACCAGUAGUCCAAAGUGGUACUACUAGUGAAAUAGAGGACUUGGGAAAUCCUGGUCAAGUCCUAGAUACUGAACAUACCAAUUACUGUGUCAGUGAUAUGAGCUCAGCAUCCAUCUCACUGCCUGAGGAGACCAAUUACUUCCGCCCCAUCUACAUGGGAGCCUCUUCUGCUUUUUGUAUUCAGCUGUUUUGUAUUGAUGAGAAACAUGAAGCAAGGUCAUUGGACUUUAUGGAUUUUGUUUUCAGUCUCUUUCCUGACAAGAACUUCUGCCUCAUUUCUCUGCCACAUCUCACCCCAGAGUUUGCCCUUAUCCAGAACUUUGUGAAGAUAGUCCCCUUCAACAGCUGCACUGUGGAACAGGAUCUCUAUGUUUUCCAUCGGGCUGGAUUGCUCAAGACCAUUAAUAUAAGAUUAGCCAAUUUAUCAGAUACUUCUGGUGUUGAAAAUCUCGUCAGCACUCUCAUGCUCAAUAAAAGCAUAUUGGAGGAUCUAAAGCAAUACAAUGAGGCUCGCAGAGAUCCUGAUGGAACACCACUGCAGGCCUUUGUAGCUGAUGUGGCAGAACAAAUUGUUGGCAUUGCAGUGAUCAGAAAUGAAAUGGAUAUAGAGUACAUACGAUCCCAUUACAAUAUUGAAGAUUUUAUCUACUUCAGUCACCACCAGCACGAAGAACACGGACACCUGUAUCACUUUGCCUUGAACCCCAUUUUUCGGCACUAUACCAAGUUUUUUCUGAAGGAGAUACUCCGUUUAGGUUUUAAGUCCUGUCUCUACUACCCUGUUUACCCAGCUUCCAGGGAAGGCAAGUUCCAGAGCUCCUACGCCCAUUCCCUGACAUCCGCCCUUCAUUACUUGGUUCCCGUGCGACCACGACGACAGAUUGUCUAUCCUCUGGAAAAGCUUGGCAUCAAUGCUCCAUCAAAGGCGGUCUCCAAGGAGCUGUUGAGUUAUGCCUUGAACCAUACAAACAGAAAACUAACGCUGGAACCUAAAAUAACUGUCAAUGCCAGGAUUGUUGUGGUUGGAGCAUCCAGUGUUGGAAUUUCUUUCCUAGAGACAUUGGCAUUUUGCUCUCACCUGAAGUUUAGUAAUCUCACACUAAUUUCAACCAACGGACUCCCUGGAAAAAAACUUCUGGACACUGAACAAAGGAAGUUUUUAGCAAGCGACCACUGUUUUAAUGAUAAAGAUCAUGCAUUGAUGUCACUGUGCUCCUGGGUCAAUGUGGUGGUUGGUAGAAUGACUGCCAUAGACCGAGCAGCGAAGCAUGUCGUGGUUUCCCAAAAAGAAAUCGUGCUCUAUGACCACCUCAUCCUCUGCACCGGACAGCAGUACCAGGUCCCAUGCCCUACAGGAGCUGAUAUUAGUCAACACCUGACAAACAGAGAGAUUCCAAACAGCAGUAAACAGCGAUAUACUGGUAAAGUUCCUUGUAAUCAUUUUAUUCUCAAUGAUGAAGAAGACUGCUUGAAGGCCCUGACUUGGAUAAGAAACAACUCUAUCAUCACAGAAGGGAAUGUCAUUGUCUAUGGGGAUACAAUUGACACUUACACCACAGUGGAAACACUCUUAAACCUUGGCAUAAGGGGUUCCUGCAUCCACUUUGUGCAACCUCCACCCACCUCCACCAUUACUUGCAUCAACAACUACUCAGUGGAAAGCGCAGUGGAGGACGUGCUCCAAGCAGCAGGGGUUACCAUUUACCGAGAGGCACUCCUGGCUCAGUGGAACGAGGGUCAAAACCCAGACCCUAUUCACAACGCCUGCUUCACCACGCCCACCAAGCCUUUCAAACUUCCGUGCUCUAUAUUCUUCAGUUUCUGUGAGAAGAAUGUAGAUUAUGAAACGUUUAAAGCACUGAAUGAUGCAUGCCUUGUCUAUGAUGGCCGACUUGUGAUUGAUACAAACUUCCACACCAACGACAUAGCCAUCAGAGCUGCUGGCUCCCUCACCAAAUUCUCCAAUAGAUAUUAUUCAAAUGAGUGGACUCACAGCACCUUCAGUUCCAAAGAAGUUGGCUUCCAGCUGGCAGCAGCUAUGCUCAAUCUCUUUGAUCCAACCCUUGAACCUGUGACAGAACCACCAGCUGAUCUUGACCAACUCAUCCCCAUGUACAAGGGAGCAAAGAUCCAAGGAGGCAUUCUUCCUGGGUCUUACCAUUAUCUGCAUAUUGCCAAACCUGCCAUUCUAACUCCCUUGGAAGUACAAAUGGCCCAGCCUGAUUUUGGUUCAGAAGUAGUAACAGGUAAUCCGAAAAAUGGGAAUUACUUCCGAAUACAUGUUAACAAAUAUAAAAUGGUGGAAACCAUCACGUGCCUUUCUAAGGAGGCUUUUCCUACCUCCAACUACAUUUGCUUGUUUGGCCAGCACGAGCAAGUCCUCAACAACCUGUGUGCUCGGUAUGAGGACAACAUGAUCACAGAUCUCUACAGCUUCUUCACGGAGCCCUGGUGUAUUGCCCUCUUUCAUGAUCGUUUUAUUGAUCUCAGGAAAGAGUUACGCCAAAUCUUAACCUCUAAGGAGGAGGAAAAACUCCCUUCCAUAGAACAGUUGGCCCGCCAGAUAGAAGAUGAGGAAAUUAACCUGAAGGAGAAGCCCAGGAAAUACCUCAAAAGAGUUUUCCAGGAAACCAUCUACAAGAAGCUGGUGGAGAAGAGCAUCCUUGACUACUUGCAAUAUAACCACUACCACCUGCCCAUGUAUGCAUGGCCAGGCAUCAUUUAGUUGUGGCCAUGGUCUCCCCUUUAUUGUUUUUUACACAUAUAGUCUCUAGAACUCCUCUAUAUAGUAGGAAACCUCUCUGAAGCCUGGCUUGACAGCCAACCACCGCUGUCUCCUGGUUUUGUCAUUUCUUUUCGCAUCCACUUAUGCCUGUCAUU